AAUCCUUAUAUUUGUUUACCAGUUUUCGGAAUAUGGGAAAAAUGUAGCAGCAGGGGAUCCACCGAAGCCAGUAAAAUUUUAAAAGUUGUCUGCGAGGAAAAAAUUUGGUUGUUAGUGGUGUACGCAUUGAAUUGAAGCAGUAUUGAAUGCCAACAAUGCUUGCUGAAGUCUAGAGAAAGAAGUCUGAUGAGGAGAUGUGCUGAUCUCCGAUGUGGAUUUUGUUGAUUUUACCAUUUUCCCUAAAAAAAUAAUCGUGCUACAAAGCUCAGCAACCCUGCUGAAAUAAAUAUUAAUGAUAAUAACAAUGCCAAGCCUGAUUACCUAUAUGAAACUUUGUUAUCAUGUCUGCCUACACGAAUUUCGCCAUCAUCAAAAUAAGAAUUAUUUUCACUUUGCUGCAGGAACUGGCUAUUGCACGUGGUAUAAUUGUAGAGCGAAAUCUACAUGCCUACUACAAGUUGCCCAUAAAGCCAGCGCAAUAUACUAUUCCGCAAGAAUACCACAUUCUACAGUGUCCAUACCAAAAUACCAGUGCUAUACCAACGCCAGAGAAUAUGGACAUCUGUGUGAUUAUUAACAGUUACAGAGAAGAGAUGAAGAAUGCAACAACUACUCAUACAACAAAGAGUCCUUUGCAUAUAAAAGUGAAAUACCAAAGUGAAAUGCCAAGAAAGUAUAGAGACGUUCCUAAGCAAUUGACGAAGAGACCUAACACGCAUCCAUAUAUGAUAGUCAUUAGACCAAUGCGCAUAGGCACUGAAUCGAAUUGUCGCUAUGCUAAAAGAUUGAAAUUGAAGCAAUUGCCAUACUAUGCCGAACACUUGGGAUUAGUGAAAAAAGACAACAGUCGAACGUUGGUGCAACAAUCACCUUUGCAAAGCGUAAAACCGCCGGACCAAAGAACGGCCAGUGCAAGAGGUAGAUUAAAUAUUGUGGCAAAAUUGAAGCCAAUCACGGAGCAUGUGGAAGAAAAUGUAGGAGAAAUUGUCGAAAAAGUAGCAGAUAACGGUGUAGUCGAUUCGAAAGCUGAAGCUUCAAUGGAUAGCGAAGAGGCCAAAUCGCAGUCAGAGUCUGAAGAGGAAUACGCUGACUAUGAUGGACAUAACGAAACAUUUGAAAAGGAAAGCAUUUUAGCACCAAAAACAUCAGUUCUUAAAUAUCUUGGCACCAAAGAUGCCAUCGAAAGACUCAGUAAGCGCCAUUCCAGAGAUCGAAAGUUGCCUAUGGAAGGUACUGAAAGGUAUUUUGCUGAACACAAAGAUUUGCAACGAGGUGAAAAGGUGCAUGGUUUUCAAAAUUAUUAUCAUCGUGAUGAAAUUUUCAAUGAUCACAUCUUCUACGACGAUUUGCAGCAGCAGGGAGAGUACGUUAAUCGUGGUCGUGCUUGA